GUCGUGGCGGUGGUUAUUUUUCCCUCUUCCGAUUUCCUUCUUCAUCUCUUUCCGGAAAAUCAAAUUACACUAUCUUCCUAGGGUUUCUUCCGCAAAAGCUCCAUCUGUUCGCUUCGAAUUGAACGGUUUGGGGGUUUUAGAUUUCGGAUCUUGCGGCUGUGACUGAAAGCAUCAUGUCAACAUCCACUGUCUCGAUAACGGCGAACCCGGUCGCUCGGCGGAGGACCGCCGUGGCCGGCGGGAGGAAAUCAAGUAUCGAAUUGGUGCCUGCCGAACCCACUCUCAAUGGCGCUGUUGUUGGGGACGACAAAGGAAUCGUCGGUCCAAGUAGAGAUCUGAGCCACCGCUCGAUUCGCGGCGAUGCCACUAAGGAUUUGCUUCAAGCCAAGAAUCCUGCGCUCGCCCACAACUCCACGAUUUCUCCCCGGCGGACAAGCAAAACGGCGACGAAGCCUGAGAAGCCGCUGUGGUUGACGGUGCUGAGCAUUUUUGCCAAGAACUUGGUUCUUUUGUUGGUUCUGGCUGGAUUGGUCCAGAUAAUUAGGAGAAUGCUUCUCAGACAUGGGGAAUCGACUAUGCUCGGGACAAAUAUGGGAUUAUCGGAGAUAGAGGGCAGGAUUGCUGAAGUUGAGAGUUUCAUGAAGACCACAGCAAAGAUGAUCCAAGUUCAGGUAGAUGUUGUGGAUAGGAGAAUGGAUGGCGAGAUGGGUGGAUUAAGGCGGGAAAUGGAUAACAAGAUCGAGGACCAACAUACUAUUUUACAGAAUGCACUGAAGAACAUGGAGGACAAGAGUAAGGAAUUGGAAAAUUCCAUGAAUGAAUUGAAGAAUGUAAAUUGGCUGUCAAAGGAAGAGUUUGAGAAGAUGUAUGAAGAGCUGAAGAAAGGCGUGGGUGAGAGUGGUGAAAUUGAAAAUGAUGUGAGCUUGGAUGAUUUGAGAGCAUAUGCAAGGGAGAUUGUUGAAAAGGAGAUUGAGAAACAUGCUGCCGACGGGCUUGGGAGGGCAGACUAUGCCCUUGCUUCAGGAGGGGCAAUGGUUGUCCGUCAUUCAGAGCCAUAUGCGGCUGGAAAAGGACUUAACUGGUUUUUGAUUGCUAGCGGAAAUGGGGUUCUCAAUGAUGCUGUUAAAAUGUUGAAACCAAGUUUUGGAGAGCCAGGACACUGUUUUGCACUAAAAGGAAGCAUUGGGUUUGUUGAGAUUAAGCUACGGACCGCUAUAAUUCCAGAGGCUGUUACUUUGGAACAUGUUGACAAGAGUGUUGCUUACGACAGAUCAAGUGCUCCCAAACACUGCCAUGUCUCUGGGUGGUUACAAGAACGCGAUGGUGGUAUAUCUGGAAAGAUAUAUCGUUUGGCAGAGUUCACGUAUGACCUAGAGAGGAGCAAUGCACAGACCUUCAAUAUGUUGAAAGAUACUGGUAUUAUUAUUGAUACAAUCAGGCUAGAUUUCUUAUCAAACCAUGGAAGCCCUGCACAUACCUGCAUUUACCGCUUCAGGGUACAUGGUUAUGAACCCGAAUCAGUUUCAGUGAUGGCAACGCAACCCUAAAGAAAAGUUCAGAAGCUGUCAUCCCUCUUGUAAUUGCCCCCCCCCUUCUUCCCUUUUUCAUUCAUUGUUUAGAUCCUGACGAGAACUUUAGAUACUUGUCAGAUUUUCUUCCUUGUGUAUGAAAUGAAUGUUUAUCUACUUAUGUUUGACAAGGUAGGCUGAUUAAAUCGAGUGCCACGAACUGUAUGAACUGGGAAUUAGUAAGCUCUAUUCUCCUUGUUGGAAAGGUUUGAUAUUCCUUGAUGGUAGCUUUCUAGUUAAAAGCCGGCCCUAGUCAAGGUUCGAGGGAGCGGAGAAGCAGAUUCUCCAAUGGUCAGCAGUGUCCCCACAUUUGUAUAAUAGGAUGAAACAAGAAAGGAUGGGACUGGGGGAUAUAAAACUCCACUGAGGAACGGAGGGACUGAGUCCCAACCAAAAUAUGAUGUCUUUAGAGACAGCCAGAUGGAAAGCAACACAAAGUUGCUCUUUAUUGGGAAAUUCUGCGCGUUGUCCUGAAAGGCAGGAACCAACACUCACCGUAAACCGGGAGAAUGCCUGCUUUUCUGCAGCUUGGACUGUUUUGAUUAAUUUGGUCUUAAAGCUUUCAACAGUUUGACCAAUACUAACGGUAUUUUUAGUAAAAUUUAUAAGAAUUU